CCCUGGGAUUUUUAAUGACCACAGUCAGGACCUCGGUUUUACGUCUCAUCCGAUGGUCGGGGUCUUUUUACACUCGAGUGUCCUCGUCACUGCUGGCAUAAAAUAUGAGUUUCACCCUGAUCACACCUGAUUCUCUUGAAAGUUAUAAUUCUAAUCAGGGAAAUUGCAUCCUACAAUCGUGCUGUUGCCACAAUGCUUUGUAGUGCAUCUGUCAUGCGUGGUAGUACUGCUGCACCACGCAGUGAGAACACAUGAAAACACUUUCUAUGGUGCUGCGGUAAAAGUUCAAGAGGAAUCACAAUAUAAAUAACCGACUUGACGGUGAAUCGGCCGACGUGCAAACCCGCUUCGUCGGUUUAGGUGACUGUGGACAGAGGUCAGCCCCUGACCGGGCACAGGCCGGCUCCCGGCGCCUCUCCUGCCCGCCGAGCGAGACCGGCCCCCCCGCGCGCCCCGCGCCCGGCAGGAUUAUGGGAUAUUAAAGUCCUCCGGCGGCGCGCUGCCGCCAUGUCUCCCAGAGAGAAGCGGCGGAUCGCGCUGAUCUCUGUGGCGCUCCUGGCUGUCGCGAUUUUCUGCUUCGCUCUUUAUUACAUACCGACUUUCCUUUACGUCUUGUUCAUCCUUGGAGUGUGCACUGUCGCCUGCUUCUGCCACGCCGGCGGCCCGUCCCAACACACCAGGCUCGGCCCUCAGCCUCGGCCUGCCCUGGCCAUCCCGCCGGCGCUCAGACGCUGGUUGCCGGGCAAGACCGCGAACGGCGUGCCCUCGGCGGGCCGGGUCAGCUCCCGGGGCCACCAGGGCCGCCCCGGCAAAGGCGAGCUUGGGGAUUCGGCGGCGCCCAGAGGCGAGCGGCGCUGGGAGGUCCGGGGCGCUUUUCAGAAGGAGGCAGAAGGCGGCGGCAACGGCUCGUUUGUGUUCAGCCCCCGGGACCUGCUGAUGGGGAGCUACCUCAGUAAGGCGGACAGCCCCGGAGCCGGCGGGGCGAGCAGGGAGCUCCGGGAGAGGCUGGCUCGGCCCAACCAUGCCGUGCACACCCCCAACAGGAGACUGUCAUUCGGGGACAGCCUGGGCGCGGCGGGCCGCUUCAGCAUCACCCCCCAGCGGCACUACCCCCUUCAGCAGCCGGGCUGCCCCUCGCUGGGGCCGCUGCCCCCCGUGCAGUGGGACGGCUGCCGCAGGAAGAACGUCCUGACGCCACGCAACUCCCCGGCGGCGCGCAGCCCCGUGACGGUGAAGAUCGCCCGGCCGGAACCCAGCCGGACCCGCUCCCCCCUGUUUGACCGGCUGUCCUCUCCGCUGACCGCGCUGGCUCCUGGGCUGGGGGCCUCGGUGGACCCCUGCUCGAAAGAAGCCGUCCUGACCGCGCUGAAGGAGGGGCGCAAGAGAGAGGUGGAGGAGGAGGAGGGAAGGAGCUGCAGUGAGGGACAAGAGAGCAAGAGAAGGAGGCACGACAGCAGUGGGAGCGCCCACUCGGCUUUUGAACCACUGCUGGCCAACGGGGUUCCCUCCCAGCUGGUGCCCAAGCCGGGGACCCUGAAGCGCGGGGCGAACGCCUUGCUCACGGAGGAGACCCUCAUGAAGAGAUCUCGCACGUCCUCGGUCAGCUCCCUCAGCUCCGGCCUGGCCCCCAGCGGCGUGCUGGGCUCGGCCCGCAACCCCAUCCUCAGCUCCUACAGCUCGUCGCGGGGCUGCCUGCAGCAAAAGAAGACCCCAGCUCUCAGCCUAUCCCCCUUGUCCAGCCCUGGCUCCUCACGCUCCCAGACCCCAGAGAGACCAACCAAAAAGCUCAGGGAAGAGGAGGCAUUCUCGUCCACCUUCUUGUCCGCAGCCAAGUCGGAUACGACCCCGAAGAGCCAGGCCAGAGAGACAGAGAAACCCUCACCGGCGCCCACGGUGCCCGUGGCGCCCUCCUCACCGGCCUCGCGGGCCGCGGAAGGCAAGCGCAAGCGCAAGAUCCAGCUGGUGUCCAGCCGCAGGGGAGACAGCAUUACCCUGCCGCCGCCCCCUGAGCUGGGAUACUCGAUCACUGUGAGCGACCUGGAUUCGGAGAAGAAAGCAGCUCUUCACAGGAUCAGAAAAGUCCUGGAGGAACCUGAGCCAGCCAAACCCACGCCAGCCCCUGCUGUACCCCUGUUCUCGCAGGCGGCAGUGUCUGCUUCCUCCCCCUUGGGCACUGCCAGCCUGUUGCUCUACACAAGCACCGCCGGCGCCCCAACACCCCCUUCAGUCAGCAUCGCGGCUCCAGCCAGCAACCCAGGCAUGGCCAGCAUACCCCCCUCUUCCUCCUCCUCCAGUGGUGUCGCUCCAGCCUCCAGCACAGCUGCCAGCCCCCUGCUGGAGUCCCUGCGGAAGAUGCAGAACAGCCCUGCACUGAGCACUGCCCCCAACACAGGCUCUCCUGCAGCUGGUGCAGAGACGCCAAAGGCCCCCGUGGUGACGUUCAGCAUGAGCAGCCCUCCAGUCCUGGCUUCUUCGAUCCUAGGCGCUGCCCCGGUGAAGACGGAGCCUGGCCCCGCCCCGGCCCAGCUGCCCCAGCCUGCAGCCUCUGCCAGCCAGCCCUCGGCUACCCCGGCGGCGCCGCCCGCGGCGAGCUCCGGCAGCCAGACGGGCGCGCUGAGCUUCGGGCUGGCGAGUACGGCGCAGCCCAUGGCGGCCCUCUCCUUCGCCACCACCACCACCACCUCCGCACCCAACGCCAAGCCCCUCCUUUCCGCCUUCAAGCCUGUUUUUGGGGCACCGGCACCAGCUGUCACCAGCAGCUCGGCGGCGACCACGUUCAAGCCGGUGUUCGGGGGCAGCACGGCGAGCAGUGCUUUCGGGCAGCCAGUCGGGACGACCGGCGGUGCAGCGACGACCUCCUCGGCGACCGCGGCGACCAGCGCAGCCUCCAUUUUCACUGGGCUUUCCGCCAGCACGUCCGCCCCUGCGUCUGGCACCCAGACGCCGGCUAAGCCUGCUUUCGGGAGCUGGGGCGCAGGAGCCAGCGGCAGCACAGCCGCCCCGGCCAGCACCGCCGGCGGCGCGUUCCAGUUCGCCGGCCCCGCGGCGAGCCAGGCCACCUUCGCCUUCGGGAAGCCCUCCUUCGACGGGCCGGCCACGUUCGGCAGCGCGGCGCCUGCGGCGGCAGCCAAGCCCUUCACUUUCGGGGCCAGUGGGGCAGCAGGGGCCACCCCCUUCAGUUUUGGGGGGGCCACCACCACCACGGCUGCCCCCUCCUUCGGGACUCCCAGCCAGCCGGCUUUCGGCAGCGGCUCCACCGGCUUCUCCUUCGGCACCACGACCGCUGCCGCUGCUGCGCCGGCCUUCGGCUCCACCACGCAGACCUCCGCCCCCCUGCCCGUCCCCACCCCCAGCUUCUCCUUCGGAGCUGCAGCCAGCGCUCAGGCCAGCGCGCCCCCCGCCAGCCAGGGCGCCCCCCAGCCCACUGCGGGCUUCAGCUUCGGGGCAGGCCUGUCCAGCGCGCAGUUCGCCGCCCCCGCUGCCCCGUCGCCGGCCUUCAGUUUUGGGGCCAGCAACGCCAAGGACAGCAAGCCCGCCUUCGGGACUCCGACUCCGGCUUUUGGGCAGAGCUCCUCUGGAGGACCCCUCCCCUUUGGGAGCCCUGGCACUCCAGCCCCAGGCUUCGGCGGCCUAACAUCCACACCUUUUGGCGCCACGCCAGGAGCCUCCUUCUCCAUCGGCUCUGGCUCCAAGUCCUCUGCCCGGCAGCGACUGCAGGCUCGGCGCCAGCACCCGAGGAAGAAGUGAGGAAGGAGAGCUGCCAGCGAUCUUUUCCGGGCCCUGGCAUCAGGACGUCCCAGGCACAGACCCACAGGAUGGCUACUUGGCAGAACUGAGCUGCUACCAAUGUUGGAUUUCCAACUCGACCCCGACGCCCCCACACGCCCCGCGCUGCCUCUCGGGCCUUGCAGAGGUUUCACAGAGGAGCGGGCGGGAGUUUCUGCACCGUCUGUCUCGGCGUCUGGGGUCUUUGGAAAGGGGCCAAGGGGUUGGGGAUUUGGCACCGCAAACGAUGACACACAGUUUACUUGAACAAAGCGUUUCGAACCCGGACUGGACUCUGUACAUGUCUGCCCUGCCUCUCUCACCCUCCACCUUGGUUCUUUCAGAACUGUGCUGUUUUUUUCUUCCGGAGGUGCAGUGAGAGGCCAGUCCCUGUCCUCGUCUCUCCCCUGCUUGGCGAAGGCCUUACCGCAGGGGUGGGGCUCAACCACGGUUCAUCCCAUCUGCUCAGCUGGAGUGUGAGUUUGUGUUGAAAAGCAAAUCCCUGAAUAACUGAUCUUCAGUGCUGAGAAAGAUUGUUUUUCAAUUGGAUGGAUCAGAUCCUUGGGACCUGUGAAUUGUUUUGUGAUGAGAUUAGAGUGGCGUGUCACAGCUGGGCAGAUGAUUUCUUUCUGAGGUGUACAGGGCAUUCGAGAUCAUGCCCGAUUCCUAAGGUGGGCGAUUCUGGUGAAAGAUUGCAGGAACAUUGAGUGCUGCCAAUUGUUACAGGACCGUGGUCCAAAACUACCCGUUAUUUGUUCAGCAGGGUCCCCGGGCGAGGAGUGCUCUGGGACGAGGACAGGCAGGCAGGACGGCAGGGAGCCUGCGCUCAUACAGUGGUCAGUUUUAUUUCAGGGUGCAGGUGAACAUACUUGAUCCAACAUUUACCCACCUGGUGACUUUAGGUUAAUCAGUCUUAAAAAGUUGAGUUUUUGAGCUUUUGCUGCUGGGUGUUGAGGAGGUAUUGCGUAGCAGUUUGUCACAGAUGCAGGCGGGCCCCUGGGAGAAUAGGUCCUCUUCCGUAUUGUGGUGUCUUUCGGGAAGGGUGAUACAGCUUUGGUAAGACUGCACACCAGGCGUUGAUUCUUUUCUACAAUGUUCAAUGCAAAAAAAAAAAAAGCCCAAUCCGAAUUUUCCUCUGCUGGGGGGAAAUAAAAGGACUGGAUGUCUUUUAAGCGGGCGUGGGGCCGAGGCGCAGGCAGUCUGCGGGAGUGCUCCUGCUAUAGCCCCUGCUGGUCCAGGCUCGUCCGCGAUGAUGACGGACGAGGCCAUGAUGCUUUAGAGGAGCCCGACUUUCUUCUUCACCCGCCCCUGCACUGCUUCGCUGUCUAGACUACCUCUUGUACUUUUGGACAGUUCCUUGCCAUUCCCCUUGUGCUGGCGUGUGUGUGUGUGAUUUAACGGCACAGUGAUUUUAUUCGGGUGUUUCUUCUUUGGCAUCACCGCUGUUCGUACAAACUCCCUGCAGCGCCUUGUUCCUGCGGUCGCUGGCUGGCCUGCCCCCUGCGUGAGGCACUCGCAUGUCACAUGGGCUCCCCAGCUGGAGCACAGACGCCAGCGAGACUCCACACGGCGCGUGGUGGACCUGCGGGAGGCAAGGCGGGACACGGCCCUGGACCACAGAGCGGAUCUCUUGGGUUCUUUGAAACGCCGAUUGGCCCAGCUGUCCGUUAGGUCGAGCUGAAGCAGCAUCGUGAAGCGUACAGGUACCUGGAGUUGGUCAUCUGCCUUUAAAAACACUUUCUCCUCGUAACACUCAGUGGUUUUGUAUUUUUUUAAUGACUGAUCACCGCUGGUGAAGUGUCCUCGGACGCCGGCGGUUUGCUCUCGGUGAGUCGAGUUUGGAGGAAGGUGCAGUGAGUGGCGGCACAUUGGUAGUGCCGGACACAGGGGUGGGGGCAGGGGGCAUGAAUCGGGAGAAAAUUGGGUGUACUGAAGUGUUUUUAUUUUGUAUUCAUUGUAGCUCAGAGGCUACUUCAUUUUUUUUCCUUUUUUAAAAAAACCUCAAGUGUCUGUUUUGCGUGCGUAAGGUAUUUAAACGGAAUGCUUGAUCUCGGCAGCUGUCUCGUCUGUGCCGGAGGCCGGGCUUGUGGGCGGUGCCGGGCUGCACCGGGGGUCAGGGGUCAGCAGCCCAAGCCAGGGGGAUGUCAGUCUUCAAUACCGCUGCUAUGUGCUUGUCCUGCCAACAGCGCUGCUGCUGGUUCAUACUGUGACUCGGCCUUCAUCAAGGGCAUCGCACCACUGGAACGGGACUGUCGUUCUCGGCAAGCUUGGAAAGAGUUUUUCCAUAAUGGUGUGGAAAACUUGAGUGAUCUGUUGCAGUAACCUAUUGCUAAGAAAUUUUGUUUUCGGCUAUUUUUUAAUCGCUCAGACGGGAAAUCUGCUAUCUCUCGUUUCUGAAUGUGCCGCCUCAGCGGGGUUUGGCGCUUUGUGCUGGCGUUUGUGCGAGAAGGCCUUGUUACCCACUGUGGGCUGCCCAGAAGACACUGUUGUGAUAUGAUUCUUCGGCAGAGGGGAUGCAGACCUUACAGGGCCUGUGUGCCUUCAGUCAGUGGGGAUAUUUCUGGGGUCCUCUUCGGCUGGCGGUAACAGCCCAGAGAGCCAUGCAGAGCUGAAGCCCCCUGUGCGUUGGGCUGAAACACUGAAGACACGCGUGAGGCCGGCCUGGGGAUCAAGCCGGUCGUGGGAGAGGCUCGCUAGUGGUGUCCACAGGCCUCCUGCUGACCCGCGCGGACAGUGGGGCUCAAACGCCCCCCAGGAGCCUGAGACUGGCCCGGCUGGAGGACGAGCAGGCUGCUGGGUUUGUGACAGAGGGGUAUGAAUGUGUGUGAGGGGUGAUUGGCAAAGCUAAAUUCAGGCAAUGAAAGGUACAAAAUGAUAAAAACAAUAAAAGCUCUAUUUUUGUAUUAAAGCAGAUUGCCUUCUCUAGAGUUCCUUCAAGCUUGGCUCACUGAGGCAAGAUGUUUACAAGGGGGUAGAAUUUUUUUUUUCUGGUUAUUUUUUUUCCUUCAGUAGUUGGGAGGAGAAAACUUUUUUUUUCUUAAAAGGUGUGCGUCUGUAGAUGUUCUACUUUCAAAUGUGAAUGAGCUCUGGUCUGCAGUUGUGAACUACUGGUGUCUGUGUGUUGUCUGAAAGGGUGAGGGCUCGGCUGCGAGGGCACAGGAGAGCAGCUGCUGCUUCAAUCCAAGAGGCUCCUGCCACUGCACAGCCCCGCAUGCCGCAGGUCUGGGGCUAAAACACCAAUUGUGAGAAGCAGCUGACAUGUUAGGGGUACAAGUUUUAGAACUUGCUCUACCGUAAUAUGUAAACAACACGCAGAGAAAUAUGCAUGUUUGAGCUGCUGCAGUGGAUUGUGGUGCAGUGAAGGAGUUGGGCUACUACCAGCUCAGAAGGGCAGGUGCUCCUGGUUUGUCCCAGUCAGAAAUGUGGGCAGGUGACCAAAUGGGCUCUGCUGCUGCUGCUGCUUCUGAAGAGUCUCUUUUUUUUCACACCCUUUGAGUGAAUAAUACAGUGGGACCGGGAUCUGUCAACCCAUCCUGCCCGCCUCUUAUUGUAAGUUAGGAUUGACCCUGGAGGUUCACCAUCUGGGGCUGGUAUCAGAUCUGGUUAGUCACCCCUCUUUGUAACACGGGCUGAGUCAGGGCUCUCCAACUCAAUUCCUGCAGGGACUUGUCCAUUCUGUGUUUUUUUACAACCUCUGUAGUCAAUGAAACCUAAUUCUUUCAUAAACAGGAAUUCUCCUAGAGUUUUACACAGGACGUUUAUUUCAGUUCAGGUACAUUAUGAAGCCCUCUAGGGCCAAGUUAUGCAGCGAAGUAGAUCAACAAUAGAUCUGAGAAUGUGAAUAAAAAACGAAACGUUGAAGAUGACGAGCUCUGCAGCAAUUGAGUUUGAGAUCCCUGGUUUAGCGGUUUGGGUUUUAACUUCGUACAUAAGGCAUUCCUACACUGGACUCCUGGAGUGGAACUAGACGGGGAAAAUGUCAGUUUGAUUCUUCAGAAGAAUAAAUACCAUUUUUAGUUUAAGCUUCCAUUAUCGGAGAUCAUUUUAUUAGCGUAGCUAUGUGUGCUGGUAGUUUUCAAAAUGUGAGCACAAACAGUUGAUUUCCACAUGGUAGGCUGUGCUAGUUCACUGCAUAUAUGAUUUUCCCUAGACCUGUUUGACCUCUCCCCAUCCUGAUCCAAAAAACCAGCCCUCCCCUGUGGUUAAGAUUAGCUUUGUAAAUAAGUAGAAGUGUGGUGCCGAUGACUGAUGUCUGUCUGCCCAAGGGAGUCUUGCUUUUAAUCGAGGUAGCCAAAGUUGAAAGGCUUUCAUUUUUAUCCCACGUGUUCCAGUGGUCUAUUUUUUAUUUGCUUAAUUGUAGAAUAGGACAAAUAGGACUGAUUCAAAUGUCAUAGAGGGAAGCUUUCCUUCCUCUCAAUCAUGCGGCGAGCGGUGCAGCACAGUUCCUAUAAAACAAGAUGCAAAACACUUCUACAUCCGAUGCCAGUCCUUGGUCUUACCCAUUUAAAUGGCACUUCUCACAAGGUUUGAAAGCUGGAUUUCCUUGGGACGCGAGCAUGAGCCUUUUCUUCCUGUCUGCGCAGAUGUACGUAUGUUUGUGUGGCUCUGUGCGGUUUUCCUUGGAAUUCGUUUUUCUAUCAUUCCUCUUGGGAUUGUGGAAAAGGAGAAUGAAUGUGCAGACCUGGGCAGUGUAAUAUAUUUUCUCUCUGCUCAUUAUAAUGUCAUUAAAAAUUAAAUGGUUUUAAAUAAAA